GACCCCAUACACAUCAACACUUAAGCACCUUCUUUAUUUAGACGCGUACUUAUAACCAAAAAUAAUUUUAGCUAAAUCGCAGUGAAUAUAUGCUGUGUUUGUCUCUAACAAAAGAAAAGUAACUUAGCUGACUUGAAUGAUUUGGACGAACAUUCUUGGUCAAUGGCAAGCUUCUUGAGAUGACAAUGCAAAUCGUUCCUUUCUUAAUUCUCUUUUGGGGUUUGGCCCCGGAUAUGGAUUGUUCUCAAUUACAAACGGAGAAAGAAGUGUCAAUAUGGAAACAUUGCAAACAGAAGGUCGAUCAUGGAUAUAAUACACUGAACUGUAGUCACCAAAAUCUAACGUUCAUACCUCGGAUUACAGAUAAAAUAGAUACUUUGGUUUUCAGUUUCAAUCAUUUAACCAAUAUCUCACAGGAAACCUUUGUCAACAUCAGCUAUCCGUUCCUGAUUUAUGCGCUGUAUAUUGAUAAUAAUAGCAUACGAAACAUUUCAAGUAACGCCCUAGACGUGUUUUCUAAUUUGCAUUUGUUAUACUUGUCAUACAAUCAAAUAUACUACGACAAUUUAAAACAUUUGCUAGGUUCAUUGUCUGAGAAAAAAUACUUGAGCCAUAUAGAAAUGACUGCAAUACGCACAGUAAUCCUCAACGAAGAUUUGUUUUCAUUGAUGAGAGAAAAUCACAUUAAAACACUGAUGGCUUCAAAUUAUAGUACUGACAUUCUGGAUAUGAAAAUAUUCAAGAAUUUCAACCGGCUAGAGGUUCUUGAUAUCACAUAUAAUCACAUUUCAGAGGUUAUAUUAUCUAAAAAUAAAUAUCUACGUUCGUUGUUCAUUGGUAGAAAUAACUUGAGAACACUCCCGGACUUCAGAAUCAACGGUAACACAUCAAACUGUUUCUUUCCACAACUUGAGUUACUAAGUGUAAAAGAUAAUGACAUACAAGAAAUAAAUUCUGAACAUCUUAAAUGUUUAAUACAUUUAAGACACUUAAACCUCAAUGGAAAUAUAAUAACAUUAUUACCGAACAAUUUCUUGUCAGCUUUGCUGAAUAUCGAGUCAGUUGAAAUAAUGAUUCCGGGAACGAGAUCUUUAAUAGUCGAACCAUUUGCCUUUAACUCGUCCUCACUCUUGUCACUUACACUACAAUAUCGUUUCUCUGCUUUGUAUGUUUUCCAGUCCUUGAAUCAGACAUUCAAGCUUUUGCCUAAGCUUGUUAAAAUAAAAAUAGACGGAAUUUCUAUCUCGCGGUUAAGCAACAAAGAGAUCGUUGGAUUAUUUUCGCCGCUUCAUACAUUAAGACAACUGCAAUGCUUUAAUUGUCUGAUUUCGUGGGAUCCAAAAAUUAUUUUGAACCUAAUGAAACAUUUAAGUAGAAUUGACCUUCGGUCAAAUAUGAUAUCAAAAUUAAGUAGUGAAACAUUCAAAGAUAAGAAGAACCUAAGAUACUUGAACCUACGGUUUAACCAACUUGGACAUAUAGAUUCUACAGCUUUACCGAUUUCACUUCUUAAUAAGCUGCACCAUUUAGACAUCAGCAAGAACCCAUUUGUCUGUGACUGUAACCUGGAAUGGUUUAUUGCUUGGUUGCAAUCAACACAUAAACAUGGAACGAUUUUAAGAUACCCAAAAGAAUAUAUAUGCCACCUUCCAAAAGAAAAAACGAGAAAGCGACUCUCUGACGUAUCAUUUACGUACAGAGAAUGUCAUCCCUGGAACACGUGGACUUGGGUCGCUAUCAUUGCAUCACCUUGUGUUAUUGUUAUUUGCAUAAUCAUCAUAGUUGUAUAUAGGAAUCGAUGGAACAUUAAACAUUAUAUCUAUUUAAUGCGAAAACGACGAAACUACCAGGUUAUUGAGGGAAAUGAUUUUGUAUAUGACGCUUUUGUUGGUUAUGAAUCGGAGGAUUCAGCCUGGGUACGCCGUCGACUGUUACCAGUACUAGAGGAAGAAAUUGGCCUGAAAUUAUGCAUUCAUGAGAGAGAUUUUCAGCCUGGUGUGUUUAUAAACGACAAUAUUGUCACAAAUAUGGACAAAAGUAGGAAAGUAAUACUUGUUCUUACCAAUGCCUUUGCACGAAGCGGAUGGUGCAUGUUUGAAUUAAAAAUUGCACAUUCUAAACAGAUUGAAGAUGAAACAGAAUUAGUGGUCAUUUUGUUGGAGAAAAUUGAUGGAAGAAAUAUGAAUCAUUCCUUGAAAUGUCUUUUUGAUUCAACAACGUACAUUGAAUGGACAGAGGAUUUAGUUAGUCAGGACUUGUUUUGGGAGCAAUUGAAAACUGUUCUUGUAAAAAAAUGACAGUGUUUCUACUGCAUGAACAUAUUUAAAGAUUGUAGUCAUUGCUGAGGGAUCUGCCUUUUCCCGUACUUUAUCUGUUUACUUUUAAAAUAAAACUGUCGCAUUUUCUUUUCUAUUGCACAUAUUGCAUCUUCAACAAUGUUGAUUAGUGAUGAUAAAACAUUUUUUUAGCACAGGAUAUUUUAUAAUUAAACAAUGU